GAUUGAGUGUUAUGUAAAUAAAUUUUCUAAACGAGAGAGAGAAGGGCGGCCCAACUCCUUGAUUAUCAGAAAAAUACGAAAACCUCGGUCUCCGCUCUCUCUCUCUACCGGGUCGCCAUGGCGGGUCUCGGGGCCUCGAUUGCGGAGUCCGAUCCCGACCACCUCAAUAUCGAAGAGUACCUCGCUGCGGAGUCCAUCCAGCAGGCACCCAAGAAGCUUCAGCUGAGCGAUUUGCUCAACAUAUCCCCUACACUAACGGAGGCUGCAGGUGCCAUCGUCGAUGACUCCUUCACACGUUGCUUUAAAUCAAAUUCUGAAGAACCCUGGAAUUGGAAUAUAUAUUUGUUUCCAUUGUGGUGCUUUGGAGUUGUGAUUAGAUAUGGAUUUCUUUUCCCACUGCGAGUUGCUAUCCUUGCAGCUGGUUGGAUAGUAUUCUUUGCUGGCUUCUUACCUGUACGAUUUUUAUGGACUGAGAAUAAUAAAUGGAAACGUAUAAUAGAGAGAAAGUUGGUGGAGAUGAUGUGUUGCGUAUUUGUUGCUUCAUGGACGGGAGUGGUCAAGUAUCACGGUCCUCGUCCAAGUAUGCGCCCUCAGCAGGUUUUUGUUGCCAAUCACACAUCCAUGAUUGACUUCAUCAUUUUAGAGCAGAUGGCUGCUUUUGCGGUUAUUAUGCAAAAACAUCCAGGAUGGGUUGGAUUCAUUCAGAAAACUAUUUUGGAGAGUGUGGGUUGCAUUUGGUUCAACAGGACGGAGGCCAAAGAUCGUGAAAUUGUGACAAGAAAGCUUAGGGAACACGCUCAAGGGGCCGACAACAACCCUCUUUUGAUAUUCCCAGAAGGAACUUGUGUGAAUAAUCAAUAUACCGUUAUGUUCAAGAAGGGUGCUUUUGAACUCGGGUGUGCUGUUUGCCCGGUUGCUAUCAAAUACAACAAAAUUUUUGUGGAUGCUUUCUGGAACAGCAAGCAACAAUCAUUUACAAUGCAUUUAGUCCGCCUGAUGACAUCAUGGGCUGUUGUAUGUGAUGUGUGGUACCUAGAACCUCAGUAUCUCAGGCCUGGAGAGACGCCUAUUGAAUUCGCUGAAAGGGUUAGAGACUUGAUUGCUGCUCGGGCUGGCCUGAAGAAGGUUCCCUGGGAUGGAUAUCUUAAAUAUUACCGCCCGAGUCCUAAGCUUACUGAAAGGAAGCAGCAGAUUUUCGCCGAGUCCGUUCUGCAGCAUCUUGAGAAAUAAAUGGAUCUCAGAUUUCAUAAUUUUAGCCUGGAAUAACAAAUCCACCAAUUCCCUUCUGUAGCUGAUCUUAUUUAUUUGUUUAUUUUUUUAAAUCUAGUAUUUUGUUUCAAUUUGAAAUUCUCUGAAACUUGUUAAGGAAUACCAAAAGUUUCUA